UCCUCGAAGCCAGUCGGAUGUUAAACGCGACGGGAGUCGGUUGCUCGUUUUCGCUGCAUCUCGGCAGUGAUCGGCUUUCGUCGGAUCUCCUGCUUUUUUUACACACACAUACACGCACGCACGGACAGACAGACGGACGGACAGACGCGUGCGCGCGCGCUCGCGCACACACAUACACACACACGCGUAUAAGAGAGUCGUCGCACAUCGUUGCACGUCCGCGGACCAAUACUUGUGCACACGCGUUUCCGUUCCGCGAACGCUUGCCCAGAAUUGAACGGCCGCGACCACGGAUAACCGAAUGUCGGAUAGAUCCCGUGGACACGUAAAAGGAAGGAGUGACAGGUCGUUGCACUUGAUACGAGAGCCGAUCGAGUGUGUCGCUUCGUUAAAUUUCAGUGCGUGAUUUGUGUUUAACGACCGCGCCUCGAUCCCGUUACCCGUGACAGUACCGAGCCUCGUUCGUCCUGCCUCGUCUUCUAGCACCGUCUCGUGUCCUAUCGUCUGGUCUCGUCUGGUCCCGUCUUAUCUCGACGACUAGUUUUCUCCCGCUCCGUCUCGUCUCGUCUCGUCUCGUCUCGUCUCGUCUCGUCCCGUUCCGUCUACGCGGACCGUCCCUCCCGCAUUUAAUUUCGCGGAUCGUCGGGUCCAGCCAUUGCGCGACAGUUCUCGAAAUCAAUUCCGGGACGACGAUCUCGCUGUGAACGAAUCUGGGUUUCUCAAGUGCAAAGGCUAUAUUAUCUGUUGUGAUACGCAGCUGGUAAACGGGGAGCAAGUGUGAACGGUGAGGCGCACAGAGGCGGCUGGCUGGCCUGUUGUGUGUUUCGCGAUACGAUUCGGUUCGUCGGCGACAGCAACAGCAACGGCAAGAGAGGCGAACAGGUUUCGAGCCCGCCGAGACACCCGUUCGGCGAUAUACACACUACACCGAGCCCGCAAAGCGAAUAGAGAGAGAGCCGUAUAUCCGUUGCAACCAGUCCGUGGCCGAAGCGUUGCAUCGCCGGGCCUCUAAUUGCAUCGGCGGCGGCGGCAGCGGCAGCGGCGACUCGAGUCACGGGAGAAGCGGUUCCCACGAAAAUUCUAGCGAUAAUGCGUACAGUGAGCGAAGCGAUGAAACAUCGCGCGAUCAGCUGACUAGCCGAACUGUUCGGCGGCCGCGGACAAUCACGCUCGGCCGGUAACGGGAAUCGGCGGAACACCGACAAGGAUUCUCGGCAACGACAGGAACGAUUGUCUACCUGCUCGGUUAUGACGUUCGGUACGCCGUUUCACACGGACAAGUCGCACUUUCCCAGCGAUAACCCUGCUCGGCCCGGCGCGAUGGCGGCUGAGGAGGGUGCGCUGAGUGGUAGUCUUGGAGCAAAAUUAAAAUGUCCGACCCCCAUAUCACGGUUAAGGGUGGAGAAGAUAGAAGGCGGCCUGAUGGUGGCUGGAGUGGUAAUAGCUGCGAACUGUCAGAUUGCUCUUCCGGCAUUCGGGUUUCUCUUCAUGCUUGUUGGCGCUGUGCUCACUGCUGCAUCCUAUCGAGGACCCGGCGAAGACGAAGACAAGGACUCGUACGCAGCCAGGAUCGCGUUUACGGGAAACUCGCGAAUCCUCGGGCCGAUUUGUAUCGUAGUCGGCGCGCUUAUGCUCGCCCUAGGCGUCUUACUGUGCAUGCUGACCAGGAGGGCGAGAAGAAGGGAACGCAGAGUCGGCUUCCAUUGUCCGCUUCACGGCGAUUUUUACCCCCUGAGUCCUGUCCAGGGUGUCAAGAUGCUCGGUAUGUCGGGCAAGGAUGUUAGCGGAUGGUCUAAAAUACCCUGCCUGAAGAGACGUUCGUCGAGCAAGGGUGGAAGUGCAACCGGAGGCACACACGUCGGCCCACCCCAAUGUCCACACUCUGUAUUAAGUAGUACCCGAAGUUCAGUAAGCAGUUCGCCACUGAGUCCGUGUCCAACGCCCAUGCCGUUUUUGGUUACCUCGGGUUCGGUCAGUAGCGGGAUGGUGCAAAGCGUCGGUGCUAAUUUAUCCCCGGACCAAACAUUCGGAUCGAUUCGCUCGCUAUCGGUGACGAGAGAAGUCGCCAGUUUUCCUCUAUCAAGAACGCCUACGCCGCCCCCGCAACACAGAGCCUCCGCGUUAGCGAACGCAGAUGACCUAGCAAACGUAGGCAGCCCGCUGCGAGAAGCGUCCCCUAGACCGGAAGUGCGUGUGGUCGCUCCAUCGCAUCGACCUCCGUCAGCCCUUGCUGCAACCAGCGUGAUUACCAACGGAUCAGCGAAUCGCAAGUCGGUUAGCAUACUGCUUCCCGAGCACUCGAGUGGAUGACCCCAACAGCAACACGGAUUUGUGCAUCGCUGCGACAAAGAACCCCCAUCAAUUUAGGAUCGACGAGAAACGAGAGAGACGGCGGGGAUCGUGGAUAGAGGCGAGAAGAUAGAUAGAUAUCUGUUGCUCGACGAAAACAACGGGUUCGAACAAUUUGUUGUCGGGCGAUCGGUUCAUCGGGUUUUUUUUUCUUCUUCGGGGAUACAGUCAUGGCAUGCUUGCCAAGAAAAACUAGCUCAUAAGGAACCCAACGCAGUCUGGUUCGAGGUUCAGUGAACGGCGACGACCACAUGCGACAUCGCGGCAUUGUAACCAGACCAAAGGGUUAGGUGAUAUCACAGCCAGUGACUGCAAGAUCAGAGUUAAACGGGGGUAUAUAGAGAGAGGUCAACGGUCUGUUAACCGAUUAUUGACAGAGAUUCAAUUAUCGACUCUGCUUCGCGAACACCCAAAUUAGUGUAUAAUCCACGACGAGGACAAUUUGUCAAGUAAUUGCCUUACAAUUAGAGACCCCCCCUCGACUAGUCCGUGUCAUCUCAUUGAAAGAAAAAAAAUGUUUCCUUCGUUUCGAUACGAUCGUUUUUCUCCGGAUCAUUUUCAAUCAUCGAGCGAAGAUAUUGGAGGAAGGGACGGUACGCCGCGACGUUCGCAUCGGAGAACUCGGCGAAGACAUCCGCGAGGAAGAGAUAACUCUUUCGACGAGAAGAACGCGUUUUCAGGAUGGAUGGAUGGAUACCGUCGGUUUUCAUGUCGAAUUAUUCGCAGCUGUCGCCCCCGUGUCGAACAAUAGUCUCGAAUUCAUUCAUUACGAGGGUUUGUAAUUUUGUACAGACAGAUCGGAUAGAAACAGCAUCUGUGAAAAACCAGCGCGAACGCGCGCUCACGUACAGAGCUGGGCAGAAUUCGACUCGGACGGCAGGUAAGAGACGCGGAUCAAAUUUUAAUAAUAAACGAAUACAAUUUUAUUCGA